GUAGUAGCUGGAACUUGUGAAAACAAGGUUGCUUGCGUACGCCAGUUCAGCACACACAGAGAUCAAAAACUCAGCCGAGCGAAGGAGUAGAGACAAGUACAGAGAUCAACCCUGUCGUGUGGAGCGAUGUGCAGGGCUGGCUCGAUUUCCAUUCGGAGAUAUACAUACUUAUUCCCUUCACUUUUUUAGCAUGAUAUGAUCCUGUGAAGGAAAAUCGGGCACCGAUCUGUUUCUUCUCAGGAAAGGAAGCUGGUCAUGGUUAAACUUGAUCUGUGUCUUGGCCAAGCGUGGCUGCUAGUCCGGCCUGUCAUUUGGUUGAAACAUUUCUCCUACUUUGCAAAUAGCUUAAUCAUUGUUCUGGCCAUGUUCGUUCACUAUGCCCCGCAAAGCGAAGCACAAAGAUAGAACAAGCAGUGGUUUGUGUGAAUUUAUCCCUCUCUACGUGCGCUGUCAAAGCCACGUUGUUCUGCACUUAGGGAGGCAACUGUUCUUUCUAACUUAUGUGUCGUCAGAUUAGGCGUGAGACGAUUUGACAAGGAUGGAUGCAUUUCAAUGACAUAUUCAUUGUCUUGUGAUCUCGUUCAACAUGCUAAGGUUGAUGAGUUGUGACUCACCCGUCAUAAAAUUCAGUCAUCUGAUCUAAACUAACUAAAGUAAUCCCCCACCCCGAGAUGUCAAAUCUUGAAAAGAGCUAAAUGUGUACAUUUCAAAAUUAGCUGUUUACUUAUUCUUCAAGUCGAGUCUCAGUCUCACCCUUCUGAGGGUGCAGUAUUCAAAGCUCUGCCACUAGCUUUAAAAGGGCUUUAUUUGUGUUUGAAUACAUUUCAGCAUACUUCAGCCUUAUAUUUCUCUAUCAAAGUGCUUCACUCACCAAACCCCACCCCCGCUUUCCUGAAAAAUGACAGAGCCCAGUUCAAAGCAGGCGCCAGGGGAUAGCCUGGGUCUUGCUGGAAAGGAGAGCCUGAAGUCUGAAGUGUCCAAUGUGUCACUUCAGGGUUCGAAUGACUUGAAAUUUAGCGAGACGGUCGACGGAGAGGCGCACCAAAGAGGUCAGGACGUGUUUCCCCUGUCCGAAGCGGAGGAGCUCCCCCCCUCCAAACAUGUGACCCCUCCCGUGGUUGCCGAGACUACCCCAGUAGCACCAGCGGUCCCUGAAGUGGGGACCCUCGUGAAUAUGGACACGGGAAACCCUCAGCCUGCUGCUGUUGCUGCUGCUGCUGCUGCUGUUAUCCAACCGGACGAUGGGCAGAAAGACGUCAAUGCCGGGCAUUCGUCAAAGGUGGCGCAAGAAACCCAGACUGUGGCCAAAGAUUGCCCAGAGGCCAGUGUCACCACCACCACCACCACCACCACCACAGAGACGGGAGACUCCCAGAGUCAGUGGAGCCAGUCAGUGGACAGCACCACCUUCUCCAUCCCCAGUCUGGACUUGUCCGAGUGCAACCCCCCCUCCGCAUCCGCCUCCGCGUCUGUGGUGGACCAACCUCCGUGCUCCUCCUCAUCCCAGGGAGCUGAGGCCGGCGUGUCCCCGUGUACGGAGGCUCUGUGCCAGGCCGAGGGGUCAGCGGUGCCUGGGCCCUCUGGAGCUGAGGCGACAGCAGGGGCGGAGGCAGCAGCAGGGGCUGGGGCCACGGCCGGGGCCGGGGCUGGGGCCGCGGCGUCCUCGGAGUGCACCAUGCCGGCGUACUACUUUGUGAAGUGGAUCACCUGGAAGGAGAAGAAGACGCCCAUCAUCACGCAGAGCGAGAACGGGCCUUGCCCCCUGCUGGCCAUAAUGAACAUCCUCUUCCUGCGCUGGAAGGCUAAGCUCCCUCCUCAGACUGAAGUCAUCACCACAGAGGAUCUCAUGAUGCACCUGGGAGAAUGUGUGCUGUCAAUCAAGCCAAGGGAGACCGCUGAAGGCAUGGAACUCAACUUCCAGCAGAACAUGAGUGACGCCAUGGCUGUGCUGCCCAAGUUAUCGACAGGCCUGGACGUGAACGUGCGCUUCACAGGUGUGAAUGACUUUGAGUACACGCCAGAGUGCAUCGUCUUCGACCUGUUGGACAUCCCCCUCUACCAUGGCUGGCUGGUAGACCCACAGAGUGUGGAGAUGGUCUCAGCAGUGGGGAAGUUGAGUUACAACCAACUGGUGGAGAAGAUCAUCAACUACAAGACCUCUACAGACAGCUGUCAAGUCAGCGAAGGCCUGGUAGCAGAGCAGUUUCUGGAGGCUACGGCUACUCAGUUGUCUUAUCACGGUCUGUGUGAGCUCAACACCACGGCCAAGGAGGGCGAGCUCUCCGUCUUCUUCCGCAACAACCACUUCAGCACAAUGAUCAAGCACAAGGGGCAUCUGUACCUGCUGGUGACGGACCAGGGCUUCCUGCAGGAGGAGAGCUUGGUGUGGGAGAGCCUCCACAACCUGGAGGGCGACGGAAACUUCUGCGACUCCGAGUUCCGCCUGUGCCACCCUCCGCAGCGGGCAGGGGCGUCGCCCACCACGGCCACGCCCACUCCCCAGCAGCAACGGCAGCAGAUCGACCAGGACUACCUCAUGGCGAUGUCUCUGCAGCAGCAGCAGGGGGCAGCACCGGGUCCCCUGAGUGACCUGGAGUUGGCCAGACAGCUGCAGCAGGAGGAGUACCAGCAGCAGCAGCAGCAGCAGCAGCAACAGCAGCAACAGCAGCAGCUCGCUGUAGCACAACCGGGGAGAAGCCAGCCGGCAGCCCAGCCGAGUCGCCGGCGGGACAAGAAGGACGACUCAGACUGCGUGUUGCUCUAGACACCCAGGAUGACUCUAACUGACUGUGUGUUGCCAUAGUGACCCAGAAUGACUCUUGACUGUGUUGCUAUAGUGACCCAGUUUAUUUUGCCAUUCCUGUCACCUUACCUGUGCCCUCCAAAAAUGCUCGUCUGUUCUUGCAGGCUAAUGCCAAGGACAUUGCAAGUGCACACAAUACAUGUGUACUGUACACACACACACACACAAACACACACACGCCCUUGUGCGCCACACAUACUCACAUUUUGCGUUGUCAGAAGAGGUGUCCUCCCUAGGCCUCUCCUCUGUGUGCCGUGCAGCCAUGCCAAACCUCUCAUGCGCCACCAUACCAUGCCAGCUACGCCAUAAUACACCUCCUCCUCCUCCUCCUCCUCCUCAAUACACCUCCUCCUCCUCCUCCUCACGCUUUUUCCUCCUCAACGCACCGAUGCCAACAGCAACGCAGUGCCCUCCACUUGUACUUAUAGUACCGCUAUGGGAGUUACCUGGGGCGUGUACCACAAAACUGGGUUACUGGUUACUUCCAGAAUAACUUGGUCAGGUAUAUGUUUUUGCCAUCUCUCACUCCAGGCCAGCAGAGGGUAGCAGAGAGACAGACACACACAGACACACCCAUACACACACAGAGGCACACACACACACACACACACACACACACACACACACCCCUGAAGCUGAAUAGUAUACAUACACGGAUGGGAGUAGAAGUAAUGGUGGUGAAGAAAAAAAAAAAAUCAGCCGCACCCUGAAAUGUGAGAGUCCCAAAGUGACUUUGGUAACUAUGGUAACUGCCACAUCCUGCUGCUGCUGGCGAUCCACCUCCUCACUGCCUGGGUCUCUUUCUCUCUCCUUUUCUCUCUCUCUCUCUCUCUCUCUCUCUCUCUCUCUCUCUCUCUCUCUCUCUCUCUCUCUCUCUCUCUCUCUCUCUCUCUCUCUCUCUCUCUCUUCCUCUAUCCCUCUCUCUCUCUCUUCCUCUAUCCCUCUCUCUCUCUCUCU